CUUCUGUGAUAUAUUCUUUUUGUGCGCUCCGAACAAAACACGUCGGAGUUUUCAUUGCGGGUCGAGCUUUCGCAAAAAGCGCGUAAUCGGGCCGGCGAAAACACAUGUUGAAAAAAUGCGAGCGCUUAAGGGGAUAGUGAGAGAAAAAUAGGGAACCGAAUUGGGAUUGGGACACCGCUAUUAAAUUAAGUGCGAAACAUUUUUUUAUUUUGGAAAUAAAAAAUAUUUAAUUAAGGUUCAAGCAUUACAGUUUUUUGCAGUAAAUAUUAGAUAAAUAGAAUGACAUUAAAGAUAAUUUUUAAAAAUGUUAAAACAGUCUAGUAGUGCAGCUUUGUACACUGUCGACGACAAAUCAACUAAUAAAAACUACUUCUGUUUCUUCAAGUUUCAACAAUUUAUAAGGCCAGCUGCGGCUGCAGCAUGAUUACUGCAGGCGAUCCAAUAUCCUAAAACCAAUUUCAAUUUAAAUGAUCCAGUAGUCAGAUGUUCCUGGAUGUAUAAAUCAAAGCAAGAUGAACCUCACCACGAACUCUACCGAAGUAGACGAAUUCACCUACCCUCUGGUAGUCCAGAUAUUCCAGACCAUACUAUUCACGGUCGUCUGUAUAGUCGGCCUCGUAGGAAACACCUUAGUCAUUUAUGUAGUCAUACGCUUUUCCAAAAUGCAAACAGUUACCAAUAUGUAUAUCGUCAACCUAGCCAUAGCCGAUGAAUGUUUUCUUAUAGGUAUUCCGUUUUUAAUAACAACCAUAUUGAACAGGCAUUGGAUAUUUGGUUACUUUGCUUGUAAAGCGUACAUGCUUUCUACAGGCAUCAACCAAUUUACUAGUUCAAUUUUGUUGUGUGUGAUGAGCGCAGACAGGUAUAUAGCUGUCUGCCAUCCGAUAUCUUCUCCAAAAUGGAGAACCCCGUUUAUUUCUAAGAUGGUAUCUUUAUUCGCUUGGACCUUUAGUAUCUUACUGAUGAUCCCCAUAGUACAACACUCAAAAGAAAUUGACAAUGAUGGAAAGACCUCGUGUGUCAUAGAAUGGGCUAAUUUUGAUUCUACAGCAAACAUCUCCACCAACUCCACAUUUGAGUUCGAUGACCAGGAAAAUGCCCAUAUGUUCACCUGGUACACUUUUAUCUGUGGUUUUGCAAUUCCGUUGUGCUUAAUAGUCAAUUUUUACUGGUUAGUGAUUUUGAAAUUGAAGAGGGUAGGACCCAAGAACAAGUCAAAGGAGAAGAAGAGGUCUCACAGGAAAGUUACCAAUUUGGUGCUCAUCGUCGUGACAGUGUAUAUCAUCUGUUGGUUGCCGUACUGGGUUACACAGCUUGCUAUGAGUGAUGAUGUGGAUGAUACAUUUUCCAUCACCCUUCAUCUGCUGGCGUCUUGCAUGAGUUACUCGAAUUCCGCAGUCAAUCCAAUUCUUUACGCCUUUUUGAGCGACAACUUCAAGAAGAGCUUCGUGAAGGCGUGCACUUGUGCGGCCAACAAAGAGGUCAACGCGACGCUCCAGCUCGAGAACAGCGUCUUUCCGAAAAAGAAUAAACACGCGUCGGAAAGGUUGAAACAUAGCCGAACUCGAGGCACGUCAAUCUGCGUAAACAACGACGAAGACGCAGACAUAGGCCCUUUGGUCAGCAGGUCCGAUGCCACCACAUCUGGAAUUACUACGACCACCAGGACCUCCAACAUUACGGACAGUAGUGAAAGUGUCUUGAAGCACACGGUGAGGAAUGGUGGGUCUAGUGGAACUCAACCUACUAGUUUAUAAAAGAAUUUAAGACUAGGUUAAUAGAUACUUUAAAAUGCCAAAUGAAAGUUAGAUAUCAGACCAAAAAGUAAAGUAAUGGGUGUGUUUUGUUUGAAAAUUGCUGUUUUUAAAAAGUAAGUACAAUUUUUAAAAUAUUUAUGGUGAGGAGAAUAAUUUUAAAUGUUCUAGUAACAACGAAAUCAAAAUCAGUUGAUUUUACAUAAAUAAAUUAUUAAUUUCUAUAAUUACCCUAUACAAUGGAAAUUUUAUUACCCUAUACAAUGGAAAUUUGCCCAAAUUAUUAUGAUCGGUAAACCAGGUAAACCACUUACUAAACCUAAUUCAUACCGUCCCAUCAGCUUACUACAUGUUAUGUCUAAGGUAUUUGAAAGACUAAUUCUGAAUAGAAUUCAAGAUCUUGUUGAAGUCUAUGAACUUAUACUGUAGGUUAUUAGCAGGUAUUGAACGAAAACGAGUAAUAAAAUCAAAACAAACAAUAAACAAUACAAAUUACAACACCUGCUAUUUUCUUCCGAUAGCUACUAUUGUUGGUAGAGAUUAAUGGAAAUUCUCAUAGGUGCCAUACACACAUGUUCAAAUCAAUUGGUGGUUAAAUAGCUCAAAAAAUGAAACAAUGGAUAAACAAUGUAGGUAACACCAAAAUAUAAGGUAAAAAUACAAGGUUACUUACAAUCGUCAAUCAGGACGCGUCGACCAAGUUACUAUUUUUACGUCUUUUCUCGUGGGCCGUCUAAAUGUUUCUCAUCGGGGAAAGAAUUCUUGGGACCGCAAGUGGUUGAAGCAUCCCUUUCUUCAUCACAGGUGGAUUUCGAAAGAAUGCGAGCGAGACACAACACGUGCGUCGACAAGGGUAAAAAAAGGGACAUGAUUUCGAACUAUUUACACAACAAAUCAAUUGUAUGGAAUUUCCAACAUAUACCACAGCAUCAAUUUGGUUUCCGUCAGCAUCACUCCACCAUUCAGCAAUGCCAUCGAAUCACUAACACAAUAAAAAGCUGCUUGGAAGAGAAGAAAAUAUGCGCUUCUGCUUUUCUUGACGUAAAGCAGGCAUUUGACAAAGUCUGGCACGACGGUCUCUUAUAUAAAUUUAAAACAUACAUGCCUCACCAAAUAUAUCUCAUUCUCAAAUCCUACAUCAACGAACGAUAUUUUCAAGUCAAAGUUAACGCUUCAACAUCAAACUUUCAUCCUAUCCAUUCUGGAGUUCCUCAAGGAAGUGUCCUUGGCCCAUUCCUGUACCUCCUCUAUACAUCAGACAUACCUACCAAUAAUGAUAUAAUAAUGGCUACUUUUGCUGAUGAUACAGCAAUUCUAACUUCAGACGCAGAUCCUGAAAACGCUGCAAACCAACUUCAGGGUUACCUACAAGUGCUACAAACCUGGCUUGAACAAUGGAAGAAAAAAGUUAACGCCGAAAAAUCGACAGCAGUUACUUUCACAACAAGAAGACAAACAUGUCCCCCAGUACACAUCAAUAAUAUACCAAUUCCACAAAAAUCUGAAGUAAAAUAUUUAGGGCUGCAUCUAGAUCAGAAGCUUACUUGGAAAACCCAUAUCAAAGCCAAACGGACACAGCUAAAUAUAAAACUUAGACAAAUGUACUGGCUACUUGGAAAUAAGUCGAAACUAUCACUCAAGAAUAAAAUACUGAUCUACAAGAUCAUCCUCAAACCCAUUUGGUCUUACGGAAUUAAACUCUGGGGUUGCAGUAAACCUUUCAAUACCAAGAUCCUACAAACUUUUCAGUCGAAAUUUCUACGAACAAUAGCCAAUGCUCCAUAAUACGUUUCCAACCAUACCAUACACAAUGAUCUUGGUAUUCCAUUCAUAAAAGAAGUCAUUGACCUUCAGGCAAACAGAGCUAAAGAAAGAAAGUCCACAAACGAUUGCCAAAUCAUCAGAGAACUAUACCAACCACGACUACCUACUAGACGUCUACAUAGAACCUGGCCCGAAGAACUUGGGGAAUAGGUGAAGACUUAGAGAACCGUUAAUAGACGGUACCCGCUACAAGCCACAUAUCAGUCAACAUAUUUGCUAAAUACUCCUGUAAUACUGAGUAGAUUGUAAAUUUGCUGUAAUAAAUAAAAAAAAUUCAAUACAGAUA